AUGGACGGUACGAAUGAUCUGUCUGUCCUCCUUCUGUUUCAAUGGUUGACGAAGUGCGAAGCAGAUGCGGAACGCAGCAAGUUUGCGAUGCAACUGGCCAACUGCCACAUGGAACGCUCCGGGCUGCCUGUGCACCCGUGCACCAACGACAUGCAGCUCAUCGAAUGCACCCGACCGAUCACAAACAACCCCAUCGCCUUCAACGCCUACACCGAGUUCCUGCUGCAUUCGGAGAACAUCUGCUACUUCGUGCAGAGCGUCUACUUCCAGGAGAAGACGGAGCGGACCAUAUCCGCGUUGGCCUUCACCGCAACGGCCACGCUCGAGUCGAUGGAAGACCUGCAGCAGCUGUCGUCAAAUAUGAAUCAAAUGCUGUCGCACUCGGUGCAGGCGCAAGGUGAGCUGGCCAGCAGCCAGGUGGCCCUGCGCGAGACCAUAGACGAGCUGAAGGACGAACAAGUUGAGGGCCUGCGCUCCAUGCAAGCCCACUUUGGCCACAUUCAAGCCGGCGUUGAGGAGACGAUCCAAGGCCAACAGGCCAUCCGGGAGCGGCAGGCCGAGUUCCGCGAGCAACAGGAACGCAUGCACGCGCAAGGUCUCGAUUUCUUCAAGCACAUGAGCAGCGAGUCGGCAUUCGUGCGUGAGCAGAUGCAACACUCCACCGAAGCGCAGACGAUGCUGCUGGAGGAGCAGAAAUCGAUUCUGCAGCGGGUGCAGAGCAUCAAAGAAUUCCAGGGUCAGCUCGUGGAGUCACAGCAAGAGUUCUUCGAGCAACAGCAAAAGCUGCACGACAACACCAAGCAGCAAUUGCUGGAAAUAAUCACCGACUCAACUACGGCCAGCCACCACCUCCACCAGCUGGUCCAAGUGCAGACCUCGGCCUUUCAAAACGCGGUCGACAACAUCGGCGAACUGGCCACCAAAUCAGAGAGCACCAUCGCGGCCAUUCACGAACAGCACACAAAGCUGUCUUCUCUUCAGAACGAACUGAUCGGGAGCGUUGAGAAGGUCGCCGAGUUCCAGCGGUCGAUCUUGGGCGAGUUCUUCGAUAUGAAGUCGAUCGCCUUCUACAGUGCAUUCCUCAUCGCUACGUUUAUUCUCACGUCCUUCUCCUUCACCGGCUCUGCGCUGAAUGUUCUAGUCGAGCGGCUGUUGCGUUCGUACGAUCUCCAGUUCUUCCCCUGGGCCAGUGCCGACUCCCUCAUCAUCGCAGCACGUUGGGCGAGCCUGUGUGUGGCGGUGGCGGUGCUGUUUGCCAGCGCGGUGGGGCACAAGGACAUCGCGCAAGACAACAACCGGCUGCUGUUGGCCAUGGAGGAGAGGAACGCGCGCAUCCUCGAGCACCUGCAGCACCAGGAGACCCUGUGGAGCAUGCAGCUGCGCGAGAUCACCAACAAGCACAGACGCGGCCUCACGCCCGAUAAUGAAUGA